AUGCCACAAUCCCUCUCCUCGCUCCCUCCUGAAAUCCUUUGCGAGGUCUGUCAACAUCUUCCCCUAUCAGACCUAGCAAGUCUCAUUCGCUCAUCAACAUUCUUGGCUCGAAUCGUGACCCGGCCUUUAUACGAUAGCCUCCUCUUGCAUUCUCGCGCACCAAAAGCCAGCGUUAGCAUUGCAAAGCUACAGUCGCAACUCAUUCUCGAUUACUUUGAUGCCAGAUCAGACAAACUACUCGCUGUACGGGCUGCCAGGGGCCAGUCUAUCCUCCACUAUAUUGCAGCGGCUGGGAACGAAGCCCUACUGAAUAUUCUCCUGGCAAAGGGUGCUGAUGUCUCCCCGAGAGAUCAAAACGGCGAGACACCUCUGCAUACAGCCCUAGCGAAGGGGAAAGAGGCAAUAGCCGCGAAACUCAUUGAUGCUGGCGCGGAUGUCCUGAGUCUCGCCAGAGGCAGACCCAUCCUGUCUUACGUACAUGCAGAUACCUCACAAGCCGUCGUCGAAAAGUUGAUAUCGGCUAUUCAGGCUGCUGGAGGGGAUAUCUCUUAUUGUCCACCUGAUGGACACACGGCAUUGCAUCAUGCAAGUCGCCGGGGAUACGAGAGUUUAGUUGGUAUUCUUCUCGCCAACGGGGCAGAUGUAUUUGCUACCAAUACAUAUGGCCAUCCGCCCUUAAUUGUGGCUUUUCAACGCAUCGGGGUUAGCAAGAUGCUCCUCGACGCAAUGAAAUCGGAUCCCCGCGGCUACGACAUCAACGAGCCAAUUCCUUCUCUGAAAAAGAUCACCAGAGCCUGGGUUCCAGAGAAGGCAUCAUUAUUCUAUGAUAAUGGAGAUACAAUCCUGCACGCCGCAGUCAGGACAUGGAGGGCAGGCACAGUACAGCUACUCCUCGAUUUUGGAGCCAAUCCAUUAGCACAAAAUAACCCCGGCUAUAGAGAGCCUCAGACCCCGUUUGAUAUCGCCGUUCUGGGCCGGUGUCCGGAGCUAGUCACUCUGAUUGCGGGGAUGCGCGACGCACCGGCAUUCUGGACAUCGAACGGAUAUAUUCAGCAAGGAUUUGAGACCUGUAUCCGCGAGGCUUAUCUUGGCACAGUCCGCAUGCUUUGUGACCUUUAUAAAGAGGGAAAGGUUGACCUUGACCUCACUGCAGCUGCGGACAAAAUGUUAGAGACGUGCACGUAUUAUGGAAAUCAUGUGCCGGACCAGGAUGUGAAUGAUACCAUCACACAUGUUAUCUCUGCAGGGGCUAAUAUCAAUGCGCAAGAUGCGAAAGGACGAACUCUCCUACAUCUACUCUGCGAUUUUGGUGAUGGCGAAGACCGCGACGACGCUAAGAUCAGAUUGAUGAAAUAUCUCUUAGAUCACGAUGCUGAUUGGCGGAUCCGAGAUGAUCAAGGAAACACUGUUCUCCAUGCUGCUGCGAAAGAACAGGGGUCUGAAUCUGUUAUUCGGCAUAUACUCGGAACAAUCUCAGCAACGGAUAGGGCCGUAGUAGGCUCAGGCAAUGAAGACGGAAAUACGCUGCUUCAUUGUUAUGCGGGUUCGUUCGCUACCGCUGACACUGAAUGCACACCAACUAUCAAAUUUUUAGUUGACUCCGGCUGUGACUUGAAUGCGGUUAAUAGCAAGGGGCAAAGCUUUGCUCAUAUUGCCAUAACACGAUGGGUAUCGAUAGAUGCGAUCAAGGUCUUCUCCGAGCUCGGGGGAGAUCUGUCUUGCAAGGACCAUGAAGGCAGGCCACCUAUUCAUUACGCUGUGACAGUGCCCGACAUAGAGGAGCGAGAUCGAGAGAGGAUUAUCAGGUAUUUGGUUGAGGAGGAGGUCGAUCUUCAUCAGGGUUGUAGGGAAUGUGAUCCUCGAAUCCUAGGGUUCUAG